AUGAAGAAGGAGGGCCUGCCGUUAACCAUCACCACAAAACUUGUAGAGGUUUUUGCUUUUGUUGCUCCUAAAAUCAUUGGGGGAAAGAAUGCACCAUCUCCUGUGGGUGAACUUGGGAUGGUUGAGAUGACACAAGCCCUAGAUUUAAUUGAUGUUUGCUAUGAACAGGUUGGACCUGAUAUGCUUAUCAGCGGAUUUCUUCAGCCCAUACCAGACCUUCUACCUGUUAUCCCUUCAGUGGAUGAAACUUUUGCUAUUGAUCCUACUGUUACUCCUUAUGAAUCUACCAUCAUAUUCUUCUACAAAACAUGGGAUCCUUAUGGUGCUUUCUCAAAUUUUUCUCCUCACGCAAUUCAAAUGCCUGAUGACAAUGGUGACUAUGUGACUUGGUCAAGUGUAGAGCAUUAUUACCAGGCACACAAGUUCAUUGGAGUUGAUGAUCCUCUAGCCCAAGAUUGUGUGGAAAAAAUAAAAUUAGUUAGAAGUCCAGAGGAAGCAGCAAGGAUAGGAAGAUUGCUGCAAAGAAAAUUUCCUGAUCUGGUACGAUCUGAUUGGGAUAACAUCAAGAUUGAUGUCAUGUACAGGGCCUUGAAAUGCAAGUUCUCAAUUUACCCUCAUCUGAAUUCUUUGCUGCUCUCAACAGCUGGCUCAGUUCUUGUUGAGGCAUCACCUCACGAUCUCUUCUGGGGUGGAGGCCGAGAAGGAGAAGGCUUGAAUUAUUUAGGCCGGCUGCUAAUGCAGUUACGGUCCGAGUUUCUUGGCGAGAGUGAUAGUGCAAUCGAGAACAACUGUAUAGCCUUAUGAUAAUUUUUCUUUUUUAAAUUGUGGUUAUUCUUAGAUUAGAAAUGAACAUGAUGAUAUAAAAGAAUACAAGGUAAUGCUGCACUUGUAAAAUGGGUUAUACAAUUUUGUCUUAUCAACUAAAGUUAUAUCAAAAGCCAAAGUAAAUAUGUGUAAGAAAACAGUAAAACGAUGGUGAUAGAAGAGG